GCCGCCAGCAUCCAUGCCCGCGGCCAGCACCACGGCCUCGCCACCCGCCAGGACCCCGUCGACGUCCCGGGCGUCCCGGUGACGGCCCGUCGGCAUGCCUCUGCUGCCGCCGUGGAUGCCCUCGCCCUGUCGACACUGGUCCGAGCGCUGGCACUGCCCCUGACAGCGCGGCCAGAUGGGGAGGUGGCACUGGUUCCCGCCGUCCCCGUCGGGCUGCUCGGACGCCAAGGAGAGCGAUGUCCCCCACGUCUCCUGGCAGAGGGACACGCUGUCCGACUACUGCAUCGGGCGGCCGACGCCCACGCCGGAGCUGGAGCAGCUGGUGGACUUCGCGAUCCGCAACGAGCCUCGCGAGCGCGAGCGCGACGAGCUGGAGCGGCACGUGGACACGUUCAGCGACGAGCUGGAGCUGGUGGAGCCCACCUCGCUGGGCGGCCGCUUCGUGCAGUCGCUGCGCAACGGCGGCGCGCUGCACCCGCAGAGCUACUGGCACCUGGCGUGGCUGCUGCUCGUCUCCGCCGGCUUCAUGUACAACUGCAUCACCAUCCCGCUGCGGUCCACCUUCCCCUACCAGACGCCCUCCAACUGGGGGACGUGGUUCGUGUUCGACACGGCCUGCGACGUGGUGUACCUGCUCGACCUGGUGCUCGUCAAGCCCCACGUCAUCUUCGUGUACGACGGCUUCUGGGUGCGCGACAAGCGCCUCACCAGGAAGCACUACUUCGCCAAGUGGCAGUUUAAGUUGGACAUCCUGUCGCUGACGCCGCUGGACCUGCUGUACCUCAAGUACGGCACGGAGAACGUGCUCUUUCGACUCCCCCGCAUCCUCAAGAUCCAGACGUUUUGGGAGCUGUUCGACCACCUGGACAGUCUGCUCAUGUCGCCGUACCUGGUGCGCGUGGCGCGGACCCUGUGCUACAUGAUGUUCCUCGUGCACCUCAACGCGUGCGGCUACUACGCCUUCUCGGCGCGCGAGGGGCUGGGCGCCAACAACUGGACGUACCGGGGCGGCGACGGCAACGCCUACAUCCGGUGCUUCUACUUCGCCACCAAGACGGCCACCUCGGUGGGCAAGAACCCGCGGCCGGAGACGGAGGGCGAGUACCUGUUCAUGACGUGCUCGUGGCUCAUGGGGGUCUUCGUGUUCGCGCUGCUCAUCGGCCAGAUCCGCGACAUCGUGGCCACGGCGUCGCGGACGCGCACCGAGCACCGCAAGCGCCUGGACGAGACGCUGGAGCACAUGCGCGGCCUCAGCCUGCCGGACCACGUGCAGCGCCGCGUGCAGAGCUGGUUCACGUUCGCGGACCAGCACCAGCCCUUCGACGAGGGCAAGAUCCUCAACUCGCUGCCGCAGAAGCUCAAGACGGACGUAGCCAUCGACGUGCACGGCGGCACGCUGGCCAAGGUCACGCUGUUCAACAAGAUCACGGACCCCGCCCUCAUUCGCGACCUCGUGCUCAAGCUGCGCUCCGUGCUCUACCUGCCGGGGGACUUCAUCUGCCGCAAGAACGAGGUCGGCAAGGAGAUGUACAUCGUCAAGACGGGGCAGGUGGAGGUGCUGGCGCCCACCAACGGCGAGGUGCUGGCCACCCUGGGCGAGGGCUCCGUCUUCGGCGAGAUCAGCCUGCUGGCCCUGGCCGGCGGCAACCGCCGCACCGCCGACGUCAGGUCCAAGGGCUUCUCCAACCUGUUCGUGCUGAGCAAGAACGACCUCCACGAGACGCUGGUGUACUACCCGGACGCGCAGAAGGUCCUCAAGCAGAAGGCGGAGGCGCUGAUGCAGGAGAACGCGGACAGAGAGCGCCGGGAGAACCACCUGGCUCGGGGGUCGCCGACGACGUCCCAGGAGGCUGCCGAGGACACCGAGGACGACUCCGACGGCACGGUCAGCUCGGCCGGCAACGCGGAGAGCGAGGAGGAGCAGGCCGAGUCGCCCCAGGACGAGCCGCAGUCCUCGUCCCUGCAGCACAACCACCACCCCAUGGUCAUGAUAAAGGUGACCCCAGAGCUGUCGCCGCCACCGCCUGAGCGCGCCGUGGACUCGGAGGCCGUCGUGGUGGAGGCCGUCCCGGACGGCGUCCCGGACGGCAACGCGGUGCCCACGGCCUGGGCGUACGGCCCGGACGCCACCGACACCCUGCUGCCCAGCGUCCACGUGACGCAGGCCACGGACCACGACUCGGACCUCACCGACGUCACCUGCGCGUCGCUCACGUCGCGCACCUCGCGCAGCUCAGCGACCUGA